UGACAAAAUGGAACCACCAGCAGUGUCUUGGAGACCUAAAGUGGCACAUGGCAGAGAGGCUUGUGCGCGAUGGAGACAGCUGCAAUGGGAGGCCGUACAGGGACCCAUGGACACACUCAUGGACUCUUAGCAGCAGCAUGAGGAGGCGGCAUACCAGGGCCCAUGACAAGCUUACGAGGCUGGCAAGCAGCAAUGGGAGGCCUGUAAUCGCUAGACCCCUAUGACAAAAUGGAAACCCACGCCAGCAGUGUGAGGAGACCUGACAGUGGGCACACUGGUCAGAGAUAGUGGCGAUUGGACGAAGCAGCAAUGGGAGCCGUACAGGGGACCCAUGACCACUCUGGACCCUGGCAGCGCAUGA